AUGUGUCCAACUAAAAUUUUAGUCGCAUUAAAACAUGUAGUCGACAUCAAAUUAGUCUCAUCCGAGUCACUUAAAUUUCCCAGUGUACAAUUGCAGAGUCUUCGUCAGGAAUGGUUAACAAAUACAGAGAUCUCAGAACCAUUCAACGACUUAGAACUGGAAAAUGUCUCCUACUACUAUCCGGAUAUGCUGCCACAUCCUUUUGAAAAAAUCUACUUGCCAGACAUGACGACGAUACGUACAAGACGUACACGAGAGGAAAUAGCCAGUGCCGCUGACGAAAAGAACGAAUGUAAACAGUGCGGAAAGUCAUACAAGUGGUACGAAUGCGAUCCACUCGAAGGCAUCGACCCUCUGUUAUUACCAACAUCAGGAAAUAAAAAACGUAUUUCUUGCGAGAGAUGUGGCAAAACAUACAGUCAACAGUGUACUUUAUGGCGACACAAGAAGUACGAGUGCGGUAAGGAAGCUGGUUUCAGUUGCGAUCAAUGCAACUAUCGUACCAAACGUCGUGACAACUUGAAAUCUCACAUUAUUAAUCGGCAUACCAAAAAGUCAGACGGCAGCUGUCAAACUGAAGUUAACGUCGAUUAUUAUUCAUACACGCACAUGACGAAGAGAAAUGUGAUUGUAGGAUCAUCUCCACCUGUAUUUCAACCACAAACAGAUCCUCUAGGCAUAAUCAAAGCGAAAUGGCCUUGCGACCGGUGUGGCAAACAAUACAGCUCUUAUUCAAUUUUGUGGCGGCACCAAAAGUACGAGUGCGGCCAGGUGGCGAGAUUUUUCUGCGAUCACUGCAAUUAUCGCGCCAAACGAAAGGAACAUAUGAAUUAUCAUGUUAUGGCACGACAUAACAUAAAAAUUGAUAAACAACAAUUCGAUUUCUUGGUCCCAUUCUCACUGUUGGACAACACUAAUGUGAAAACAGCUACAUUACUGGAUAAUCACAUCGUAAAAACAGAUAGAUUGACAUGUGACAAUUGCAGUCGAACGUACAAGUCUCACCGAAGUUUGUGGCGUCACAAAAAAUACGAGUGCGGCCAAGAGGCAAAAUUUGUUUGCAAAUUGUGUGACUACAAGACCAAACGACAAGACUGUUUAAAAGUGCAUCUGAAGAAUCGACAUCGGGUGCCACUCAAACCUUCUCGAUGAG